UAUACAUUGACUACAAUUCAAACGACUAUUGAUUGUAAUAAUGGCAGUGAAUGUGAAUAUGUUUUAUGUUUUCUUUGUCUCAAUCCUAACGCAACACUCAAUACAUUCAACGCUAUUAACGCUGUUUAUGCCAUCAAUGCUGCCUCCAGAGGUGAUAACUGAAUGCCAUUAAAAGACAGCGAAGAGAUCUGGAAGAAGACAAUGACUUCUCAGACGCAUCACAACAAUCAGUCAUAUCUGCAGUCAUAUGCUGUGCAGAACCCGCAGAUCCGACCCGUCAUCGAAAGGGGCGCCUCUUGGAGUUACAACGAGACCAGGAUUUUGUUGUCCCUCUGGGGUCAGGAUAUGGUUCAAAGACAACUGACAAACUCGAAGAGGACUCGACACGUCUGGGAGAAGAUCGCCGAACGCAUCCGCGAACACGGCUUCGACCGAACGGCCGAUCAAGUGCGGACACGAGUCUUCAAUAUGAUAGCAGAAUAUCGGCGAAUACUUAAGAACCCGACUCCGGAGCGCAAGAAGAAGUGCAUAUUCUUCGACGCCUUGCAUAAGAUAUAUCAGGCGAAGGACUCGAAUGCCAUAAAAAUGGCACUCAAUAACUAUGAGGAGGAAUACAACUUCGAACCCAUUGAGUUCAACGCCGGCGACGACAAUAUGGACGGAACCAAUGACAACGACGGCGGAGACAACAGUGGAACAGACAAUGAGGAUAAGAGUGAGAUCUUCGCCUAUUCAUUGUCGCCAUCGGCUACUCUUAAUAACAAUGUGGUCAACACUAAUGGCAACAAU